AUGGAAGCCGCUAACGUCUCGGUGGCCGCCGCCGGCGUCGCGCUCGCCCCGGGACCCGAGGCCUGCAGCAGCGGCCCGAGCCCCGGCCCCGGCGGGGUCGCCCUGCCGGGCCGCGAGCCGCCUUUGUCCGUGUUCACGGUGCUGGUGGUGACGCUGCUGGUGCUGCUGAUCGCGGCCACCUUCCUGUGGAACCUGCUGGUUCUGGUCACCAUCCUGCGCGUCCGCGCCUUCCACCGCGUGCCGCAUACCUUGGUGGCCUCGACGGCCGUGUCGGACGCGCUCGUGGCGGCGCUGGUGAUGCCGCUGAGCCUGGUGAGCGAGCUGUCGGCCGGGCGACGCUGGCGGCUGGGCCGGGGCCUGUGCCAGGUGUGGAUCUCCUUCGACGUGCUGUGCUGCACCGCCAGCAUCUGGAACGUGGCGGCCAUCGCCCUGGACCGCUACUGGACCAUCUCGCGCCACCUGCAGUACACGCUGCGCGCCCGCCGCCGCGCCUCGGCGCUCCUGAUCGCGCUCACCUGGGCGCUCUCGGCGCUCAUCGCCCUGGCGCCGCUGCUCUUCGGCUGGGGCGAGGCGUACGACGCGCGGCGCCAGCGCUGCCAGGUGAGCCAGGAGCCCUCCUACGCCGUCUUCUCCACCUGCGGCGCCUUCUACCUGCCGCUCGGCGUGGUGCUCUUCGUCUACUGGAAGAUCUACAAGGCCGCCAAGUUCCGCUUCGGCCGCCGCCGCAGGGCCGUGCUGCUGCUGCCCGCCGCCGUGCAGGUGAAGGAGGCCGAGGCCCAGGUGGCGUCCGGGGCGCGGGGCCCAGGGGCGGCGGGGCGCGAGCAGAAGGAGCAGCGCGCCGCCCUGAUGCUGGGCAUCCUCAUCGGCGUCUUCGCGCUGUGCUGGAUCCCCUUCUUCCUGGCCGCGCUCAUCAGCCCUCUCUGCGCCUGCAGCCUGCCCCCCGUCUGGAAAAGCGUAUUCUUGUGGCUUGGCUACUCCAACUCUUUCUUCAACCCCCUGAUUUACACGGCCUUUAACAAGAACUACAACAACGCCUUCAGGAGCCUCUUCAGCAAGCAGAGGUAGACCGCGUGGAGCCGCCAGGCCCGGGCCGCGGGCGAGGAGCGUCGGGACCCGAGGCCCGGCCGUGGGAGCAGCGGUGCGGGUGCCGGUGCCGGUGCCGAGUGCUCUGGGGCCAGAGGCGCCGCCUGGGGCUGUGGCAGGCGCUAACCCGCCAGGCUCCGUUUCCGGGGCGCUGCUCUCCUUGCUACUCAGGACUCGGGGCUGGGACGCACCCAAGGGCGACAAGGCUGCCUUGCCUCUUCCUCUGAGAGGAUCCCUCAGCACAGGGUCCCAGGGGCCCGCCUUGGGGCCCACCCAGGAGGCUGUCUCCUUUGCCCAGCGGCCCUUGCCCUCACCCUGUACCCACCUGAUUCAACUUACCCUCCCUGAUCUCCAAGGCAGCGCAUCCCAACUUGGGAGACGGGAAUCAUCUAAACGUUGGUUUUGGAAAAAAAAAAAAAAAAAAGUGUCGAGUACAGCCCAUGUCUACUGAAUCGGACUUUCAGAGAAGAGGUCUGGUAAUUUAUAUUAUUGAGUCCUCCAAUUUUUAUUUUUUUUUCAUCAGUAAGAGACAGGGCUGGAUGCUUAGACUGUUCUUUAGCCCAAUUAAAUUGCCAUUUCUGGGGGUAGAAACCCAGGCAGGAGUGCUUUUCAAAGCUUCCCUAGGUGGUUCCACUGUGCAGUUGGCCAGUGUUGAG